AUUGAUAAGCGAGAAUGCAGUUAAGGCUGUUGAAGUUUAACGGCGUUACGCGGCAUCUCGGUAACUGCGGGCGCCAGCACCAGUGAGAGACGCGCCGCGGAGCGCUGCGCAUGGCUGCCACCACCAGCCACACUAUGUGCCACACCACACAGAACAUAACAAACGGUGCCAAACUUUGUGUUGACCUAAUCUUAUAACAGCAGUUUGAAAGUGAAAGUGCCGCCUGAUCUCCUUAUUGUUUAUAAUCAUCGUUUCAUCAUCUUCAAUUUGUUCACGGAAUCUCUACUUAAAAGAAAAUGGAUUACGAUAAUUACGAUGGAAAGCUGACGACGGCGGAGCCAGGCGUGUCGAUGACAGCGCUGGAGGAGGAGAUCCCCUCGCUGACGGUGGCGUCCAUCAUCGGCGUGGCACUCGUGGUGCUCGUCGCCAUCGCCAUCGUCUUCGUGCUCGGAGUCCUCAUCGACUGCCGACAACAACGACUACUAGAUGAAAAAAUGGGCGAGAUGAAACGUGCCAGGAGCUUGCGGGGCAGGCGUGCGCCUGAGCAAGACGCUGACGACGCCAGCAUCGUCAACAACGAGGAGGCCCCGCCCACCAGCCUGCCGCCAGCUGCCAUGCUUAGAGAUGUGCCAUGAUUAUACCGAAUUUACGUAUUGGGGUUUAUCGUGACUUUAAUGUCCAAACUAUAUUCUCAGAAUAGUUUACAAAAUGAAUGAUCGAGGAAAACUUUUUACAAAAAACCUCAUCAAGUAAAUACGUGCCUGCGUAAAGAAAAACAAUAUUCCAAAUAGUAUUGUAAUUAUAUUUUAGUGAGUUUUUAUAUGAUUGAUCAACUAGGUAUUUAUUAUAAGAUGUUAAAUUCAUAAUUAAUCGAUAGAUUCAUCAAGCGUCUAAAUUAAGCAACUUGUGGUAGAAAUACACACUAAAUGUAUAAAGUGACUGCUAUAAUUUGUAUAAAUAAUUAUAUUUGCUACCUGUAAAAAUAAGUUAUUGUCAGGGAUCGUAUAUUCGGCUGCAUACCUGUUUAUUCAAAAUUGGCUGAAGAGUGAAGACUAACUAAUUAUCUUAUUUAUAAAUGUCUAUUGACUCUGACAAGCCGUUGAUUGAUAAUUCGUUUGUCCUUAUCCAUAAUUUUGACAGAGAAAAAACAGAGGUGGCGUUGGCGAGCCGAAGUUCAAUUAAUUAGGGGUUGGUAAAUAUUGGAGGUGACUUUUUAACUUCAGUAGGUACCUACUUAAUUUACAAAUUAUGUUUGCCCCGACAUUCCAGGCUGAUGGUUAAACAUGGUACGAGAUGUGAUUCUUAGUUUAUAGUUUAAAACGUUGCGUAUCAUUGUUGUAGUAGGUAGGUAAUAAAAGUUAUAUUCUGGGUUCAAAACCUAACACUCAACUAAGUAUAUAACAUCGCCACUAAAGUAAAGGUAUGUAUCCGAAUAUUCAAUUCAUCGGUAUUUAUCAAGUAAAUCAAGUUAGUCAUAUAUGAAUUUAAAUUUAGAUCCUAACUGAAAAUGUGAUAAAUAUUUAGGUACGUAUAUUUGUAAAUGACAUUAUGUAAGAUUUGUUUGUUAUAUGAAAAAUAAAGAGUGUAUACGAGUAUGUACGAAAUAAAUAUAUAUUACACAGUA